UCAAUCCCCGUGGGACUCAGAGUCUGGCCUCACCCGCGGCUUGGCGGAUUGGCUGACAGUCUCAGCCUGCCCCCGCCCUCGGUACCCCUCCGCGUCCCAGGUGGCUCAGGCCCCUGUGGUGAUCUCUGUUUACGGAGAGAACCUGUUCAAGUUGGGCUCCAUCUCUGCAGUCGCUCCACUCCCGGGCCCCGCCCGCCCGGGAAGCGGGGAGAAAACCCGGUGGAGCCUUCCCCUCCCCCCACCGCUUAGAGAGGUCGGACGGUGAUGACCCCCAAGCCGCCCGGACCCCCGGACGGGGGCUGGGGCUGGGUGGUGGCGGCCGCGGCCUUCGCGGUGAAUGGGCUCUCCUACGGGCUCUUACGCUCCCUGGGCCUUGCUCUCCCUGACCUCGCCGAGCAUUUUGACCGAAGCGCCCAGGACACUGCGUGGGUCAGCGCCCUGGCCUUGGCCAUGCAGCAAGCAGCCAGCCCAGUGGGCAGCGCUCUGAGCACACGCUGGGGGGCGCGCCCGGUGGUGAUGGUUGGGGGAGUCCUUACUUCGCUGGGUUUCGUCUUAUCGGCUUUCGCCCGAAGCCUGCUGCACCUCUACCUCGGCCUGGGCCUCCUCGCCGGCGCUGGCUGGGCUCUGGUGUUUGCCCCUGCCCUCGGUACCCUCUCCCGUUACUUCUCUCGCCGUCGGGUCUUGGCUGUGGGACUAGCACUCACUGGCAACGGGGUUUCCUCCCUGCUUCUGGCGCCUGCCUUGCAGUUCCUCCUUGACGCUUUCGGCUGGAGGGGCGCUCUGCUCCUCCUUGGCGCUGUCACACUCCACCUCACCCCUUGUGGCGCCCUGCUGCGACCCCUGUCCCUCCCUGGCGACCCCGAGGCUCCACCCCUCAACCCCCUAGCUGCCCUCGGCUUGGGUCUCUUCAAGCGUCAGGCCUUCUCAGUUUUUGCUCUGGGUACAGCUCUGAUUGGGGGUGGGUACUUCGUCCCCUACGUGCACUUGGCCCCACACGCUUUAGACCGAGGCCUGGGGGGAUACGGGGCAGCUCUGGUGGUGGCCAUGGCUGCAGUGGGGGAUUCGGGUGCCCGACUGGUCUGUGGGUGGCUGGCGGACCAGGGCUGGGUGCCCCUUCCGCGGCUGCUGGCACUGUUUGGAGCUCUGACAGGGCUGGGGCUGCUGGCAGUGGGACUGGUGCCGGCUGUGGGGAGCGAAGAUGACUGGGGGGGCCCCCUGCUGGCUGCAGCUGGGGCCUACGGGCUUAGCGCUGGAAGUUAUGCCCCCCUAGUGUUUGGUGUGCUCCCGGGGCUGGUGGGCAUCGGAGGUGUGGUGCAGGCCACUGGGCUGGUGAUGAUGCUGAUGAGCCUCGGGGGACUCCUGGGCCCUCCCCUGUCAGGCUUCCUAAGGGAUGAGACAGGAAACUUCACCGCUUCUUUCCUCGUCUGUGGCUCUUUCAUCCUCUCCGGCAGCUUCAUCUAUUUGGGGCUACCCAGGGCCCUCCCCUCCUGUCGUCCAACCUCACCUCCAGCUACCCCUCCCCCUGAGAGAGGGGAGCUGCUUCCGGUGCCCCAGGUUGCCUUGCCACCCCCAGGAGGCCCUCACUCCACUCUGGACACCACUUGUUGAUCAUUUUCUUGUUUAAACCCCUCCCCCAAUAAAUAAUUUUUAUUUGA